GUGAGGGACGCGCGCCGCUUGCGCAGCAGCCAGUACACGCUCUCUGCCUCUCUCUACUGCAGGAAUGACCCGAGCCAGCUUUUAACUCUUUUUUAUUAUUAUUAUUAAUCUGAGAUAAUGCUCUCGAAGUGACGACUGGAUACGUUUGGAAAUAUUUGUGUUGGAUAUUCCGGCACACAAACGGAGAAAGAAACGAUGUGGACAUUCAGACGCUACGACGGAUGACAUCCGGCUUAAAAUGAACACAGAUGAUCAGAAGCAACUUCAAACACCUCAACCAAAGAUCCAAAGUCAUCUAGUCAUCACCGUACGUUCCAGCCUCAUGUCAAGACCUUGCCCGUCCUCUCGAGGUUCUAAACCUCCAGUUGCUCCAAAGCCAAAUCUCUCCACUCAGCAAGAAGGUGAACACAGCCAAUGUAUUGUUAGCAAUGGAGAUGUUGCAUCAGAACUGGAAUUGGCGCAGGACAGUGAAUCAGAAUCCACACAGGAUGAAGCUGAGCCACCAGGAGAAACCCACAAAGAGGUUUUUUCUGAACAGUUAAUAAAGAACCUCAACAGCAAUGAUGGGAUUGAUGAUAAAGAAACAGAUGAACAGAUGGGAGGAGAAGUAAGAGAUGAAAUACAUGCAGUAGAAGAGGAGAGACACUUUGAUGUAAUUGAUGCAGGUUCCUUUAAUGAGGUCAAAGAUGUUCUUGUAACUAGUGUAUCAGUUGCAAUAGACCACAUCAAAGAAACAGAUGAUAUAAAACCACAACAAGGCACAGGUGAUCCUGAUGAUACGGCACAUGAUCCUGCUGAGAAAGAGACUGCCAUGGAGUAUCAAACAGGGGAUGAAUCAGAGGCUAACAACAGCACACUGAGCCCUUAUGAAGAAAUUGAGGAAUUCACCUCAAAUCAGGGCAGUACAUAUGCAGAGAUAGAUCAUGCCGAGGACCCGAUGUCAGACACUGCUGAUAAUACUGAAGAGCCAUAUUUCAAUGAGAGAGAGUUCCUUUGUGGAACCCCAAUUGAUACUACUUCUACUAAAUUAUGUGAAGAGGGCACAAAUUCAAAUGCCGCGGGCAGUACUGAGGAGGCAUCAAAUGCAAUGGCUGGAAUUACUUCCCAGACUAUGAAUGGCAGUGAGUCCUCCCUGUGUGAGGAGUACCCAUAUGAUGUAAUCGGACCUCUGGAUGACAACAGUGCGUGGCAGCCAGAACGUGCCACCAAAGACGAAUCAGGACGUUUCAGAUUCUCAGAAGGAGAAGAGGAUGCAUUUGAGCCAUAUUCAGUCAUAGAGGUGGUUCCUGCGGAUCUCCUGAGCACCUCUGAUCCUGAACUGGAGUGUACAGAUGAGGGAUAUAGUAAAGAGAAAGCAAAACACCCCGAGACAAAGAUGGAAUCCACUCAAGAGCCAUGUUAUAUCUCAACUGAUGAUGUAGCAGAAGUAGAAGAACGGUCUCAGGUGGAGGACAAUUUGACUUCAUCUGAGGAACCCUUUGAACAGGAGUUGACGAAAACAUCAAACGGGGAUGCAGUGGAUGAGUAUGCCGACAUUGCCGAUGAUUGUCAGGACGAAGAUGAUCAGCAGCUGGAGUGUGUGUCAUCUGAGGAUUAUGUAGAGAUAGGCGAUGAAGACGAGCCCGUGGACAUGACACGUAAAACUAAAGGGAAGAGCACAAAAGCGCGCUCAGCUAUUCGCAGACAAUGUGGCGUGAGCAAGAGAAACAGCUGCCAACCACGCCUUAGACUUUGUGAUAUUACAGUGCCCCCUGGUCUGGAUGUGGGCAGGACUCCUGAGCUAACAAACCGUUUAGUGUUUGCCCACACCACCGAGGCAUUCGAGGAGGACAUAGAAGACCUCGACUGCCACAUAGUGCCUUUUUUUGAGGACUCAGAAUCAGAUAGUGAUGAGCACAUUUAUGAGGAAGCAGGCUUUGACUCGGAAGGAGAAAACUUUAUCACUCUGGACAGAAAGACUAUUGUGACUCGUUCACGGUCACUCUCAGGGAAAGUACCUGGAUAUGUCCCUGAGACUGUUCCUGAGGAGACAGGCAAUGAGUCUCAGAAUCAUGACUACUACACUGUGUCCUUGGACCAAAAUGGGGAUCUCUUAAAGGUCUCGAAUAAUUCAGAGUCUAAUCGGAUAAUUCCUUCAAUAAACUCUAGACGUUUUCUGUUCUACCCACGAUCGUAUUCUGUGGAGGGCAGAGACAUGACUUUGUCUGCCUAUUUGGAGGGCAGCCAUUCACCCAGAGUGGACAACAGAGUGAAACGGACAGAUGACACUCUCUCCUUACCUUGUGUCAUCACCUCUUCUGGGAGUUUCUCUCAAAGAAGCCAUCAGUCCUCUAGUGGGGUGUCUACACCCACAUCUCUUGUUGACAUUCCACCACCUUUUGAGCUGGCUUACAUCACCAAAAGGCCUAUCACUAAAAGUUCCCCAUCUCUGCUUAUUCAACACGAGUCUAAUGACAAACCAAAAAAGAAGAAGACAUCAUUUAAGCGUUUCCUGGCUUUGAAGUUUAGGAGGAAAACCGACAAGUCACUCGGUGAUGGUAGCGUACGUUCUUCCAGAUCAUCAUCUGAAUCAAGCCACCAUGGGCCUGUUCGAGUAAUAGAGAUGGAUCGAAGGAGUAAUGGCAGUUCCCCUCAGCUUCAGUCUCACAUCAUAAAAACACAACGCAACUCAGACUUUCCUGCCACCUUUGUGGUUUACAAAGACGGGCAGAAUAAGAAAGGUGUACCCAAGACUUAUGGCAGCAGGGGCAUCUCCAGAGUGGAAUCUUUUGAGGAGCGCUCUCGUCCUCCUUUCAUGCCACUCCCACUCACCAAACCUCGAUCCAUAUCCUUUCCAAGUGCUGAUACUUCUGACUACGAAAACAUUCCAGCCAUGAGCUCAGACUAUGAAAAUAUUCCGAUUCCUCCAGGGAGGCCCACUCGGGCCGUCACCAUCACAGAGUUCUUUGAGGAGCAAAAUCGGACAGCCACUGCGAAUGAGAACGAUGGUUAUGUCGACAUGAAUAGCUUUGCAGGAAUAGAGAACAAAACUAACACACAAGAGCAAGAGACAGAGAGUGCGUACACAGAACCUUUCCCAGUGUGUCCUGCCCCAGCAUCACACUUCACAGAGGAAGACCAUGGACACACGUCUGAGGAGGAGGAAAGUUGUGCUGAUCAAAGCUAUGACAAACAGAUUGAUGGCAGAUCCAGAGCAUACUAUGUAGCCAAAGAGCUGCUGGAUUCGGAGAGAGAACAUGUAAGGACACUGAAACUACUUCAAGAGGAUUUCAGAUCAGCGGCGGAGGAGGCAGUAGGACAAGACGGCGGGUCCGCGGUGGAGGAGGGGACGUUGGAAGAGAUUCUCAACACCCUGCCUCAAGCCUACCAGCUCCACACACACAUCCUUACACAACUGGAUGCACGCAUACAGCAGUGGGAGGAGAGCCCGACGAUGGUGGACGUCUUUUUGGGGCACCGUGAGGAGUUUGGGAUUUUCGUGACCUACAUUGGCGGUUAUGACCGCAGCAUGGCUCUGCUGGAGGAGACCUGUAGACAGAGCAAAGCCUUUGCUGAUGUCGUCAAACGCUUUGAGCAGCAGAAUUCAGAAGGAGUGCAGAUUCCUGUGAAACACCAGCUGCUGCAGGUCAUCGUGCGCGUACUGCAGUACCGCAUGCUUCUCACAGAUUACUUAAACAACCUCUCCCCCGACUCUAAAGAAUAUGAAGACACACAAGCUGCAUUGGUGAUUGUGUCAGACGUUGCAGACCAGGCCAACGACAAUUUAAAAGAAGGGGAGAACUUGCUUCGUCUGGUCCACAUCGAGUACAGCGUGAAGGGGAAGAGGAGUUUUCUGCAGCCGGGAAGAGUGUUUGUAAAAGAGGGCACACUCAUGAAGGUCUCCCGUAAGAGCCGACAGCCUCGACAUCUGUUCUUGAUGAAUGACAUAAUCCUGUACACCUACCCUCAGCAGGAUGGCAAAUACAGGAUGAAGAAUACACUUCCUCUCAGUGGGAUGAAGGUUAGUAAACCAGUCAUCGAUAACGUCCUCAACACACUAAGGAUUGAGGUCAACGAUGUCACCAUCACCCUCUCAGCCAGCUCUGUAGGAGAGAGGGAGGACUGGUUCCACACUCUGAGUCGAGCUAUAGCCGACCAUGCUGCAGGCCUCAAUACGUUCAGCUCUUCCAGCGAGGCGAGAGAGAAGCUGUGGAUGUCCCUUGGAGAAGCAGCUCCUGUCCUCGUGCCCAUCUCUCACGCCAUGAUGUGUAUGAACUGUGCGUCAGAUUUCAGUCUCACUCUGCGCAGGCACCAGUGCAACGCAUGUGGCAAGGUGGUGUGUCGCUCCUGCUCCAGGAACAGAUACCCACUGAAGUAUCUGAAGGAUCGCAUGGCUAAAGUGUGCGACCGCUGCUACACUGAGCUCAAGAAACGAGGUGGGAACGUUCCGAUUCCAUGUGGCAGUGCUAGUCCAUACACACAUCGUGCCAGUAGACCUCUGUCCGCUGUGUUUCAGAGCCUGCAGCCCCCCAGUCUGUGGAAGAACAGGAAGAGCAGCACAUCACCUCUCGCUCAGGUGUCGGUGGGUGCUGAAGGCUCCACUAUAAGUGGGAGUUUGCAGAGGCGGAAGAAGAGCAAGCGGAAAUGGAAGAGGCUGUGGUUCCUUCUCAAAGAUAAGGUGCUCUACACCUUCACAGCUCGAGAGGAUAAGGUGGCAAGUGAGACUUUGCCUCUUCAGGGUUUCACAGUGAAGCUGUCUGAUCAAUCUGAGGGUGAGGACACAGGCGGAGUCUUUCAGCUUUACCACAAAAAAACGCUGUACUACACAUUCAGAGCAGAUGAUCAUCACACCGCACAAAGAUGGGUGAAUGCCAUGGAGGAAGCCACAGUAUUAUAGUAUUAACUGAAGCAGAAGAGGAAACGGUGUGUUAAAACACACACAUCUCACUCCAACGUGAAGGAUUAUUUGCGCCUUCCUUCUUUUCUUUUUUCUUUUUUCUUUUUAAUGCAGACUUUUAAACAGAAUCGUUCCUGCAUACCUGCAUUCCAUCACUGGAUAUACAAAGAUGGAGAAAAAAAGUGUUACUCGACUCACCUUUGUUCACGUUCUCUCUGAAGAAAAAAGGAAUUGUAAAAUGUAAAUAAGUGGUAUAAAAUGAAGGAUUCUUUUACUACAGGACAUUUUUCAUACGCCGGAUUUAUCCGCUUCAAUUUUUAACGUUAAGCAAAGAUGACAUUAUAUAAGUUUAAAUCUCCGCUGUCUGAAUUUUGAUACACAAUAAUAUGACUGAUGUGCAUUGAUACAAGACUGUAUAUUGGCUGUAUAUUUCAUCAGGAAUUAUUACACUGUAGACUGUAAUAUAAUUCGAUAGACAGGGCAUGGAAAUUGUGCCGUAGUUCAACCUUCAUCAUCAUUGUUUGUUUUUAAUUUACACAUCCGUGGUUAAUUUGUUGUGUAGUUUACAGAAACCACAUAAAAACACACACACUAUUUCAUACCCAAAAAAUGUUUGUUGAGCUUCUUUAGUUUUGCACUGGAGCUACGAUGUUAUAGGAAGUCGUAUAUUAUACGAUGAUAUUAGAAGUCAGUCUUUUAUAUUUUUUAUAUACAUACAUGCCCAAAUCAACAUUAUUAAUCUAUAUAAUCUCAAUAUUGAAUAUUUUGUGUAGUAUUUACAAAUUGAAAUGAAAAAUACAACUUUAUUACUAUUACUAACUUUUUCUUUGCUAUAUGCCUCCUUCAAACUUUUGGGAGGCAGGGUUUAAGGAGCAGACUUACAACAAUAUGUCCUUAUUAUAAUUUUUAGGAGGCGGCGAGCUUAGUGAGCAGACUGACAACAGUAUGUCCUUAUUAUAAUUUUUUGGAGGCGGGGCAUAGGGAGUAGACUGACACCAAUAUGUCCUUCUUCUAUGUCCUUCAGACUGACACUAAUAUGUCCUUAUUAUAAUUUUUAGGAGACGGGGCUUAGGGAGCAGACUGACAACAAUAUGUCCUCGUUAUAAUUUUUUUAAAUAGGCAGGACUUAGGGAGCAGACUGACACCAAUAUGUCCUCGUUAUUAUUUUUAGAAGGCGGGGCUUAGGGAGCAGACUGACACCAAUAUGUCCUCGUUAUCAUUUUUAAUAGGCGGGGCUUAGGGAGCAGACUGAAACGUCCUCGUUAUCAUUUUUAAUAGGCGGGGCUUAGGGAGCAGACUGAAACCAAUAUGUCCUCGUUAUCAUUUUUAAUAGGCGGGGCUUAGGGAGCAGACUGAAACGUUCUCGUUAUCAUUUUUAAUAGGCGGGGCUUAGGGAGCAGACUGAAACUAAUAUGUCCUCGUUAUCAUUUUUAAUAGGCGGGGUUAAGGAGCAGACUGAAACCAAUAUGUCCUCGUUAUCAUUUUUAAUAGGCGGGGCUUAAGGAGCAGACUGAAACCAAUAUGUCCUCGUUAUCAUUUUUAAUAGGCGGGGCUUAAGGAGCAGACUGAAACCAAUAUGUCCUCCUUAUCAUUUUUAAUAGGCGGGGCUUAAGGAGCAGACUGACACCAAUAUGUCCUCAUUAUCAUUUUUAGAAGGUGAGGAUUAGGGAGCAGACUUACACUAUUAUGUCCUAAUUAUCAUUUUUAGGGAGCAGACUGAGGCCAACAAAAAAACAUUCAGCUACAUCUGGAUAUUGGAUGUUGUUGUUGUUGUUUAGAUUACAGACAGGCUUCCUUUAAGUCUCAGGUUGAUCUGAGGUGGAGCUCCAUUUCUGAACUAAAGAAGCAAACACGACAGGCUAUAUACAAAAAAGGGAUGUUGACUAAUGACGAUGCUGAGUCUUUCCUACUACAUGAUCAAGUUUACUUCACUACAUUGCAAAACUCUUUUUGUGUGUGUGUGUGUGUGUGUGUGUGUGCACCACAAUGUCCGAGGUCAAUUAUUCAUCUUUUAUAUACAUUAAAUAUUAUACAUUUUUUAUCUGCAUUCACGAUGCAUCUCUAGGAUGCACCCUGAACUCCCUUUCUGCCUGUUGUUUUCUUUUCAUUUCUACAACUGAAUUUUACAGUCACUUUUAGAAAGCUGAGCCUAAACCAGAAGUCCAGUUCUCUUUAAUCAGGCUGAUUAUUAAUAUCCUUACACGGUUAAUCCUUGCUGUUAUUUACAUGAACACCACAGUUACAUCCAUGUUUGAAUGUUUGGCCACUUGUCACUCACAGGUUUUGCAUUGUUUCUCUACACAGUAACCAGAGAUCAGGAACGGCAUCAUGAACCACAUUCAAAUCAAUGAGGCUAAUUUGUCCACAGGGGAUCACAGGCUCUCUGUGACAAAUGUCUCCGUUCCAAGGAAGUGAAAGAUGUACGAUUGACCUGAACAUUUUCUCUGUCUUACAGAUCAGUAGUUCUUAUUUAUUUACUAAUCCCUGCAUGCUGAAUCAGAUUAGCAACAGUUCGAAUAUAUAGGAUUGUACAAGGCUAAGACUGAGAACACUGGUGAUAUAUUUCUUUAAAUAUCUAUUGCUACACUGGUAUUUUUUUUGUUUGUUGUUGCCACAACACACACAUUAUUGACCGAAGUAAGGUUUAUUCUGCUGUAUGUGUUGAUGAUACACUGAUGUGUUGCGAAUGUUACUGUAAGCUUCCUCUAGGUGCUUCACACCAACUGAGCCUUUACAGCACACAGUAUAAUGAAGCCUGUUCUGCUUUCUUUUUCCCCCUGACAUCUCAAGCUCGCUUCUUUCUUUCAAAGGCAACAUUUCUAUGAUACAUUACUGAACUUUGUAUCAGAUCUAGAGAUGCACAUUAUCUCAUUUUUUGAGUUUACAGUCCCACACUGUCUUACGUUAUGGUUAUAUACAUGACAAACUACAGAAUUUAGAGUAAUGUAAAUGAAAUGUACAUAAUUAUUAAAAAAACAUUUUUCUGUUGUUUGCACGGAAAGAUGACGGAAGAAAAAGAAAGUUAUGCCAGUUAUCAAUAGUUUUAUCUGUCUUUUUUUACAUGAGGGAAUAACAGUUUGGUUUUUAUUUUAUUGCUCAUUUACAAACUGACACUUUUUUUGUACUUUAUUUUUAAGUUGAAACAGGUUUAUGGAUUUGGGAUACUAUUGUUCAAAUAAAUAUAGUAAAGAGA